AUGGGGGAAUUUAACCCUCAUGAAGAGGAUAUUUCGUCAUAUUUAAUGAGGCUGAAACACUACUUGAAGGCCAACAGCGUAAAGGAAGGAUCGGAGUUAUCCAUUUUGAUUACUGUAAUUGGACCAAAAGCUCUGGCUGUUCUCACGGACUUAGUAUCACCAGAUUCGGUAGAUUCCAAGGAUUAUAAGGAUCUGUUAAAGGUGUUGGAAGCACAUUAUUCUCCAAAAAGGUUAGUGGUAGCCGAACGCUACACGUUCUACUCACGUGUUCAGCGUCCCAAUGAAAGAAAAUUAGGUUCAAUCAAGGGUGUGAAGACACAUAUAAUUUUGAAAGAUGGAGCUGUACCGAAGUUCUGCAAAUUUCGUCCAGUGCCGUUCGCUCUUCGCAAACAAGUGGAAGAGGAAAUAGACAAGAUGGUGGAUGAUGGAAUUGCUUAUCCUGUUUUGAGUUCCGACUGGGCAACCCCACUGGUUGUUGUGCCUAAGCCUACAGGAGUUAGGCUAUGCGGGGACUUUAAGACAGCCUAUCUUCAACUGGAGGUCGCUGAGGAUUCACAGGAGUUGUUAACCUUGGCAACACAUAAAGGAUUAUUUCGUCUUACUCGUUUGCCAUAUGGCCUAUCCAGUGCACCUGCUUUGUUUCAGGCAGCUAUUGAUGAGAUAAUUAAAAAUCUUCCCGGUACGGUAGCGUACCUUGAUGAUGUCUUGAUUGGCGGACAUUCAUACCCUGAAGCAGUGUCUAGGUUGGAGCAAGUUCUUCAACGCUUCCAAGAAUACGGAGUGAAGGUUAACGAUAGUAAAUGCAAAUUUUUACAACCUGUUGUAGACUAUUUAGGUUAUAGGUUGUCGGCUGAAGGUAUAAGUCCACGAGAAGGGCUAGUGGAAGCCAUCAAGGAUGCCCCGGAACCAUCAAGUAAGGAGGAGUUGAGAUCAUAUAUAGGACUCAUUAAUUACUAUGGUAGAUUUAUUUCCAAUCUCUCUGAUAAGCUGAACUGUUUCUAUGAGUUGUUGAAAAAGGAUGUUCCUUUUGUUUGGUCUAGGAAAUGUGCUGAAACUUUUAAACAGAGUAAACACUGGGUGUUAUCUUCUGAUAUUCUUGCACAUUAUGAUGUCAAUAAGCCACUAGUGCUUACAUGUGAUGCAAGCCCUCGAGGCGUGGGGGCGGUGUUGUCCCAUUUGAUUGAUGGCGAAGAGAGGCCUAUUGCUUUCGCCUCUAAAACUCUAAGUCCAAGUGAGAAAAAUUAUUCUCAGCUUCAUAGGGAAGCCCUAGCAUUAGUAUUUGGUGCUAAGAAAUUCCAUAAGUAUAUUUACGGGAGAAAACAUGUCAUAUUACAGAGUGACCACCAGCCGUUGGCUACUAUCUUUGGCUCAAAGCGAGGAACCCCAAGCCUAGCCGCAGCGCGCCUACAGAGAUGGGCCCUGAUUUUGGCUUCGUAUGACUUCGAAGUGAGAUAUCGCAAGGCGUCUGAUGUGCCACAUGCCGAUGCCUUAUCCCGGUUGCCGUUACCGGCAAGUGAUUCACUGGAACUGGAAAACAACUUUAUCUCGCACACUCAGGAAUGCGUGGAGGUACUAAACUGCUUCAGCACGGUGAGUACCGAAUCACCUAUCACUUCUAAGGAAAUUGCUAAAUUCACUGGUACUGAUCCUAUAUUAUCUAAAGUAAGAGAUUAUGUUUGGCACGGCUGGCAUGGUGCUGUGGAUAAAGAGUUAUUGCCUUUUGUAAAAGGGAAAGAUGAACUUUCUGUGGAUAGUAAUUGUCUUCUGUGGGGGGCCCGUGUGGUCAUUCCGACAAAAUUGAGGAAUCAAGUUUUAGAAUUGCUUCAUGAUCAACAUCCAGGCAUUACACGGAUGAAGCUGUUAUCACGUAGCUAUGUGUGGUGGCCCGGUAUAGAACAAGGUAUUGAAGAAACAGUGUCUUCUUGUUAUAUUUGUCAGUGUACGAGGAAUGCAGCUCCAAAAGUCCCUCUCCAACAGUGGCCCCGUGUGUAUGGCAGAUGGCAACGGGUGCACAUAGAUUUCGCUGAAGAUACUAAUUCUAGGCAACAAAUGUUAGUACUAGUAGACAGUUUUUCCAAGUGGAUCGAGGUGUUUGUUAUGAAAUCUACUAGUUCUCUCAAGACCAUUGAGCGUCUCCGUUCACUUUUUGCAUCGUAUGGGCUUCCGGACACUCUAGUAUCUGAUAAUGGCCCUUCUUUUACAAGUUUUGAGUUCAAAGAAUUCUUAAAGAAGAAUGGAGUAAGGUUUGUCUUAUCACCUCCUUAUCAUCCUGCGUCAAAUGGUGCGGCCGAGCGUUGCGUUCAAGAAGUGAAGAAGAACCUGUUGAGACAGGUGUUGAGUGAAGGUGGUACUGGUUCUCUGACUUUGCAAAAUAAACUUGAUAACUUCCUAAUGACAUACAGAAAUACACCUAACACUGUAACAGGACUUACCCCGGCAGAAUUGUUUCUCAACUGGAAACCUAAAACUAGGCUUGCACUUCUCAAACCUAACCUCAACGCUCGUAUUGACACGAACCUGGACAGACAGAAGGAGAGUUCGGAUAGGCAUAGGGGAAGGGCAAGGUCCUUUGAAGUUGGAGAGAAAGUGUUCGUCAAAACUGUCAGGCAGGAGAAAAUUGAUUGGGUACCUGGAAAAGUUCUGGAAGUAAAAAGUUCUGUAAUAUAUCUUGUUAGUGUAUUGGGAAAAGUUAGGCGUUGCCAUGCUGACCACCUCAGGUCUAGAGUGAACAUGGAAGAGGAGGGGAUAGCAGUGCCAAGUUGUGAGCCAAGGUCUCCCAUGAAACCAGUACUUCCUGAGCGAGGGGAAACUUCAGAGGACAAGGAGAGGCAGCAAGUUUCGCCCAGGCGGCAAUCUCCAUUGAAGGACUCUGAGACUGCAGUGGUCCAGCCAAGACAUGAAGACUCACCUGCGAUUAAGUUACUGGGUGGCUGCACUGCCUACAUCGGCGUGGAGCUCCCUGAUUGGCUGCCGAUCGGUCAAGGAGUUUUCCGUCUUGAUGAUCGUCACUUCAUGUCUAGCAAGAUUCAAAUUGGCAGUGUUUUCAGACAAAAUGCAGCUGAUGGCAUCAAAGCCAACUAUUCACAGUUGAUGGCUGGUAUUUGGCAGAGAAGCUGCAAGCUGCGUUACAUCUACGCCCUUACUGAGAAUAGUGGUAUCGUCUGCAUACAAAUAUGCAUCACCGUGGAGGCAGAAAUUGAUGGCAAUGAGAAACAGGAGAAUGCCCAAUACUGA